CGCUCGAUUGAUGCUCUGCCAUACGUUCCCACUGUCCAGCUUUGUGCGGUGUGCCGAGUGUGCUAGUUGAUUGUAAGUUUGUUGGGCAGUGUGUUUGGGCUGUUACAAAGCGCGCGGGGUGAAGACGCGGAAAUGGAUCCAGAAAACAUCGGAACUGAGGCCAUAGUUCGAGUGACACAUUGGCUGCGUGGUAUUUGGGAAAUGAAACGGCGGGCCAGUCCGGUUCAACAAUGGGUUGACUCUAUUCCGUCCUACGAGAACGCAAAACCUCCAUUUGACCAGGGAACCGGCAGUACGCAAACACCAGGCAAUUUACAACCAGAAAAUACUGCAGAGGCACAUUCGUUCCUUAAGAAGAAACAUCAACGAAAAUCAGAUAUGACCGCCUCGGCGCCUAUCACUAUUCCUAACUCUCCGGCCAUCACAAUGACUGGCCCACUCAGCUCUGUUCCACACAACAGACUCGUCAGGGAUCUCAGUCUUCAAUCUGACAGCAGCCAUUGCAGCAGCGUUGAGAGUCUUUUGGAAUGGCGAAAGGCUGAUCCAGAAGCGAUUCUGCUGAGUCUUGGCUUUGGGUACAAUAACAGUCCUCAGGAGAGCGGGUCAAUGCCUAGAAUACCAAAGAGAUUUUUGCAGCCUUCUAAGUUGAAGGGAAUUGUUAUAAAUGAUUUCCUCAAACAGCAGCAAGAGGACAGCGAAUCACUCGACACCGCGUCUCUGGGAUAUAGAGGACUCACUGGCUCCCCGUACGUAGCUCCAUCGGAGAUUGUACAAAAGAUUAUGGAACGCCUACGAGAACACGAGAGUCACGAAAAUGAUUCUUGCACCAAUACAAACAGCAGCAGCAGCGAGCUCUUCGGUUCCAUGCAACAGGAGGGCCGAUUAUCUGUUCUUUCACCAGAUAAUAGGCAAUACCUUGAGCGACCAAGAUCGAAGAGUCCUGAUAUGCGUAACAAACGGAUGAUCAUAGGUGAAAAAUCAUUCGCCUUUGGAAAACAUGGAGACUUAAUAGAAAUGAAGUCAUUGGACAUCACUGAAGAAACCAAUUUCGAUGGAGACACCAAUGACUUUCAAAGCAAGUCGAUAGAUCCUGUUGACAAUUUUGACGAAGAUAUACAUGAAUUAGGUCAAAGUCUUGAACAUAUCGCACAAAGUGUUGAUGCAGUGAUUGACAUUGAAAAAUCUAGAAAAAUGUCUGCGAGAAAAUUGGCAAAACAAUUAUCAUUCGACGAGGACAACUUGAAGUAUGGGCAACACAUAAUGGAUACGGAAGGAGAGUUUGCGUUACAUUGUGAGAGACUGAGCAAAGAUCAGAGCGAUUCGUUAGCGACGGUCGUCUCGAAGUGGUCUGACACUAAUGAGACCACCACCGACGGGAACGAAUCGAUUAAUCAGGAUCACGACGGUGACCAGAAGGCAAAUCCGAUAUCACGGCGAGCAAGCGAUAGCCUAUGCGAAAUGCAAAAGAGAUAUCUUGUACCACCAGGUGAGGAGAGAAGGCUAAGCGACAGUACAAUACACAGUAAAUCAGAAAAAAGAAGACUGGUUGAUAAAAAACCAAGCCUAAAGCGACAAGCUAACGUGACCGAUUCUGAUCCAAUAGUAUGUGAAAACUUAGGAGAUCGUAUUACGGAAUAUGAAAUGCACAGUGAAGAAUCCAGCACGCCGGAUAAAUAUGGUUUAAAAUCUGUAAAUACCUGGGAUUCUAAUUCUGGCGAAGGGAACUGUGAUGCAGAACAUGAAUCGGGUACGCGUAAAGAUGCGGAAAAGUGGAAAGUUUGCUGCUCUGAGAAGGCUGAUCUAUGUUGUAAAAACGAUGAACUGGAUCAGAUCUGUGAACACGAGGAAACGUCAAUAAAAUGCUGUUGUCACGCUAACAGUACAAAUUGCUGGCGAAAAAUGUCGGAAAUAAUGAAGAAGAAACAGAAAGUGAAAGAUAUGGUAGCUAAAAGUAAACAAGAAAUGGACGAGCUUCGAGAAAUGAUUAACAGCGUAAUGUCAGUAACAAUGAAACCCGGAUGUUGAGAGCCAUAACUACCAACAUUAGUUGCAACAAUGCGAACUUAUGGGACAAACAGAAAAUAUGAAACAGCGUUUGUUGUUUGGAAGUCAAAGUGUGACGCAUAUGAAACGUCCGUCAUUAGUAACUCAUCAAAUUCUGUCUGAAGAUACGUUCUUCCAUAGAUUUAUCGACGAUAUGUGAUAUUUUACAUUCCACAAAGUUUGACUUUUACUUCAUUUAUACACUGCUAGCCAAAAGUUUGGGUAUACCAGUCGAAAUUUGGUGCCGCACUAAAAAUUAGAUAGGAGAUUCAAGGAUAAAGAUAAUCAAACGUUCCAAGCGGCGUUUUAAAGAGGAAGAAUGUAUCUUCAUUUUGCCUUUUUGGAAAAUUCCUCACAUUUUUUUUUACUCUGUUACGUAUUUUUGACGUGGCGAUUUGUCGGUUAUUUUUUAGCCGCCGAAAGUUAACCGGACAGCUUAAAGAAUAAUUUUUCCUCGGUUUCUACUAUGGUAAACCUCAAAAAAAUAUCAAAACCUAUAUUUUUAUUUUUUAGAAGGUUCCGUAGAAUUUUUUUUCAUCUCAGUAUUGCAUUUUUAGCUAAAAGACAUGUUUAAUAAAAAAGCUGUAAUUCAAUAACUAGGGGGUUUCAGAGGAAAUGUCAAGAGGGUAAAAAGUUGUAUAGGUUCACACUGAAGUAGCUUGAAUUUUUUCAAAAUGUUUGGUCGCGACUCUGAUGAGUGGAGAGACUCUAUUUGGGAAUUAUGUGGUCUAGGACAAUAUAUCAUGAGAGAAAUUUUUUUUGUUUUUUUAUUUUUAAUUAACAAUAAUUUUUUCAGAUUAUUUCUUUUAAAUUCUAAUAAUUUCUCCAUAAUCUAAAUAAAAAUUAUUCUAACACAUUUUUCAAAUUUUUAACGUGGAAAAUUGACUGAAUAUAAAAAACUUGGUACUAAAAAACGAGGCGUGAUUGUUACUUAACGUAAUCAUGGCAUGGCAAAGGUGAUUUUUUCUAUUUUUCAGCACAAAACUCUUACAGAUAAGAUAAGAGACGUGAUUGACUAUUUUUUUUUUGCGUUAAAAACAAUUUCAAGAGCUUAAAGCUUUUUCUUUAUGUUGUCUUAAGUCUGAUAGUUCUCGCGACAUAAUAACUCAACUAACGAUGAUUUUUCGAGUGCAACCGAAAAAAUUGCCCCUCCACUCAUUAGAGACUCAGUCAAAAAUUUGAAAAAAAAUUCUGAAAAAAUUCAAGCUACUCCAGUGUGAACCGAUGCAACUUUUUACUCUCUUGACAUUUCCUCUGAAACUCCCUAGUCAUUGAAUUACAGCUUUUUUUAACCAUGUCUUUUAGCUAAAAAUGGAAUACUGGGACGAAAAAAAAUUCUACGGAACUUUCUAAAAAAUAAAAAUGUAGGUUUUGAUAUCCUUUAUAAGUUCAGCAUAGAAAAAACUGGUGAAAAAAUUUUCCCUGACCUGUGGGGUUAAUUUGCUGUGGCUAAAAAAUAGCCGAAUAACGGCCAUGUUCAAAAAUACGUCCGAAGGUUAAAAAAAAUUAUGGAAAAGAUUAAUUUUUCCUCUUUGAAACGCUACUUGGAACGUUUGAUUAUCUUUAUGCUUGAGUCCGCUAUCUGACUUUUAGUGCGAGAAGAAAUUUCGACUGGUAUAUCCAAACUUGUGGCCGACAGUGUAUGUAUGAAUGUAUACAUUAUUUGCACUGUAGGUGUAUUUAUAAUGUGAUAUAUUAGUUUUAAUAUUGGAGUACGAUCGUGAAUAGAUAAGAGUGAAAUACUAUUUUGCGGAACAUAAUACUAGAGAAAUAAAUAAUUGAAAAUAGGUAAUCAUAGAAAAAUUCUUGCCAUUCAUAUUAUAAUUGUGGGUUUUACCAGGGAAUCGUAUGACGAAUAUUCUAACAUUCCAGUGCUCAUUCCAAGAAUAAGCUGUUGUAUGUACUUGAUUAUACAUAUAGUAUACCAGGUCAAUUUCACUCCUCAUGAUAUAUUCUAAUAAGUCGCAUAAUAUUUCACGUAAAUUUGGAUAUUGGGAUAUAUUUUAUAAGUAUUUACGUCAUGUCAGAUUUGCUAUUCAAAAAGCAGAGAAAAUUUCUUAACAAUAUCUUUGUAUUAUGAUAUGUUACAUACAUGUGAUCAGGAUUCUAAUCUGAUAUUGAAUCCGACCAAUUAGAUUUGCCUACGAACGCGCAUUUUAUGCAAUUUAAUUAUUGUUUUCUCGUCGUAAGAUAACGGCCAUAAUUACAAACACCAUAAAUAAUAAGAGUUUUGUUUCAGAGUUUUAUUCCUCGUUUGUAGAUAAUGUUCAAAGACUCGCCUAUAAUGAUAGUAAUAAAUACGAUUGCUAAUACCA